GUACCUAACUUCCACUUUAGCUUCCACUUGUAUAGCAAGUUUUCUCAUCAAUUAAAGUAUGACAAAAUCAGUGAGUGCUUGACUACAGUGUAGUAUAGUAGUGUUUUAAGUGUGCUUAAUACUUUAUGCUACGGGAUAAAUUAUUAACUGUAAUAUAACUUUAAUAUUUUAUCUAUAAAUAUUAUAGUUUUGUUUAGAAAAGUCCCAAUAAUCUAGUAAAAAUGACAAAAGUAAAUGUGGAUUUGCAAAGAGAAAGGGAUUCCUGCAGUUUCAACAUAACUGAGUUAACAAAUUGGAUUGAUGGAGGUACUGACAAAACUGAAGAGAGGAAAAAAAGAGAGGAAAUGGCUCUCAAGGAAGGUAUACAUAUAGAACCAGUACCGUCAGUGUAUUUAAGUCACAAAGAGAAGUAUGAACUGGCCGUCAAAAAGGCAUGCCUGCUGUUCAAAAUGAUACGCAAGCUGCAGGAGGAAGAAAACGCUGGCAUGGAAAAUUACUUAGCAGUCCUGGGUGGUAACUUAGGAGCGGCCAUUCUCGGCGAUGGUAACCCGCUAACACUGCAUUAUGUGAUGUUCAUACCUACAAUCAUGGGACAGGGGACUGUUGAGCAACAGGCGUAUUGGAUCGGAAGGGCGUUCAACCUUGACAUUAUUGGCACUUAUGCUCAGACGGAGUUGGGCCACGGCACGUUCAUCCGAGGGCUGGAAACCACGGCAACCUACGACCCUACCACUAAAGAGUUCGUGCUGCACAGCCCCACGCUCACUUCCUACAAGUGGUGGCCUGGAGGAUUGGCACACACGGCCAACUAUUGCAUCGUGAUGGCCCAGCUGUACACCAAGGGCAAAUGCCACGGCAUCCACGCCUUCAUCGUUCAACUGCGCGAAGAAGAAACUCACAUGCCGCUCCGUGGCAUCAAGGUUGGCGAGAUUGGCGCCAAGCUUGGUAUGAACGGCACCAACAACGGAUUCCUUGGCUUCGACCAUGUGAGGAUACCGAGGGAUCACAUGCUGAUGAAGAAUUCUAAAGUUUUGGAGGACGGUACGUACGUGAACGCGCCGAGCUCGAAGCUGGCGUACGGUACGAUGAUGUUCGUGCGAGUGAUGCUGGUCAAUGACGUGUGCAAGUACAUGGCCAAGGCCGUCACCAUCGCCGUGCGCUACUCCGCCGUGCGCAGGCAGUCGCAGCCCAAACCUAAUGAGCCUGAACCACAAAUCAUCGACUACCUCACCCAACAACACAAGCUGCUAGUGGGCAUAGCGACGGUGCACGCGUUCCGUAUGAGCGCGGACUGGCUGUGGCUCAUGUACAACAACGUCACUGCGGAGCUGGAGGCGGGGGACAUGGAGAGACUGCCUGAGUUGCACGCGCUCUCGUGUUGCCUGAAGGCAGUGAGCACGGACGACGCGGCGCAGUGCGUGGAGAGAUGUCGGCUUGCUUGCGGAGGCCACGGCUACAUGCUGUCGUCCAACCUGCCGCUCACUUACGGGCUGGUGACUGCCGCCUGCACGUACGAGGGCGAGAACACCGUCAUGUUGCUGCAGACUGCCAGAUACCUGGUAAAGGCGUGGCAGCAAGCGGCGGCGGGCAACAGCUUGCCGCCCACGGUGGCGUAUCUCGGGGAGCUGCGCGCCGGGAGACGCUCCCCGCCCUGGGACAACACCAUCGAGGGCAUUGUUAAGGGCUUCCACAUGGUCGCUUCGGGAAAAAUCGGAAUAUGCGUGGCACAGAUUGAGAAGCGCCAGAACAACGGCAUGUCAUAUGAAGAUGCGUGGAACAUGACAUCUAUUCAACUCGCCUCAGCAUCUGAGGCCCAUUGCCGCGCAAUGCUCUUGUCGACUUACUACAAGGAGAACGAGAAGCAAGUGAAGACAGUAUCGCCGGCCUUGCGGCAAGUGUUGCUGCAACUUUGCGAUCUAUACGUCGUGUACUGGGCCUUGCAACGCAUCGGAGACUUGCUGAGGUUCACAUCUAUAUCGGAGCGCGACAUCGAACAGCUGCAGAACUGGUACGAAGACCUGUUGGUCAAGGUGCGGCCCAACGCUGUGGGACUCGUCGACGCCUUUGACAUCAGAGACGAGAUCCUGAACUCGGCAUUAGGCGCAUACGACGGUCGCGCGUACGAGCGACUAAUGGAGGAAGCGAUGAAGAGCCCCCUCAACGCGGAGCCCGUCAACCAGAGCUUCCACAAGUACCUCAAGCCUUUGAUGCAGGGCAAGCUGUGAUCUAGCUAUACUACUCCACCUCUACACCAGUACAUACAACCAACAGAGAUGUCUGGAGUUCCAGACAGAGUGAUCGUGAAUAUGAGACCAUAUCUAGUGGAAAGGUGUUUGUUCCAAUAGGGUAAUUUACCCUUUUUUGGAAAGUGUCUUAAUUUGAUCCUAAGUUGAUAAUAAAACUACCGAAAAUUCAAAAAAAAAAAAAACAAAAUUCAAAAUAUUUUUAUACAAUUAAACUUUUAAAAGUACUUUUGAACCGUCAGAAGCAUCAACCACUGGCUCGGAAUUCCUACGGAAACAAAAAAUUCGCGAAAUUUUUAUUCGAUGGAUAACUGUGAUGAAAAUGCAUUUAGAUUUUGUAUUUUAAAUUUCCCCGCGCAAACGCUGGCUGCCAUUUUUUUAGGUUCGUGAGGUGUCAUGACGUCACACAGUUUUUUUUUUUUUUGAUAGAUUGGUAGACACCUGCAUUUUUUUUAGUGAAAUACAUUACACUUGAAAUCCAUAUGACGUCACAGUCUCAAUUUAUCAUGGCGGCGGUGCGUUUCAAAUAUUUGUAGAACAGAUAAAAAAGUGAAAUCUUUAUAAUGAGUUUUAAAAUUCAUUAUUUAUGUUUAUAAACUUAAAUAACACUUUUCAACUAACUACUUACUAGCUAUGUUGUUCAUACAUUUUUAGAUUUUUUUCUCACUUGGUGUAAAAUACCCUAUUGGAAGGGAUUUGUGAGCAGUUGACACAUUAUCAAAGUUUAUUACGAUAGAGAUAUUGUGAUAUUUACUAUCUCUUAGCUUAAUGUACAUAAGGAGUCCAUUGGACGAUAGGGUGAGUGACGAUUGAUGGAAGUAGAGAAUUAUCCAUAUUACAUUCCUUUGAACCUCAAUAGCUCAAUGGUUGAGGAGCAAACUGAAUUCCGACAGUUCGGCGGUUCAAACCACACCCGUUGCUCCUAGCACAAGCUUUACGCUUAAUUGUAGGGGGAAAAACCAUGCUAAUAAUAACUAGUAAUAUUCUUUUUAAAAAGAAAAACCUAUCGUUUGGUGGACCCCUAACAGCUGCAAAUGUUCAGUGAGCGAACAUUAAAACAAAAAGCAUUAUGCCAAACUCAAAAUGCAGAAUGUUUAAAAAAUACAAUAUCUUAUAUAUAGUAUGUUAUUAGUGCUAAAUCAGAUAUUGCACUAAACUUAAAAUAAAUCAAAAGAUGGUAUGACCGAGACCAGAAUAUAAAAAAUAUUAGAAAUCUUUGUGAUACCUUACAACUUUGAUAAUGUUGACUUUUUUUUGUUCAGUGAAUAAAAUUAUUAUAAUUGUUCUUUUAUGUGGUACUUCGGGUAGAAAUAAGUGAUGGCCACAAUUAUGCAUUAUAAGGUAUGUACUUAAGUAAAUAUUUACAUGACAAAAUGACUUAUAAUAUUAUGAAUGAACUGAAAAUGUAUAUAAUAAGUGUGUUAACAUCGUGUAGUUUAUUUCUGACAAUAUUAGUUAUCAUCAAAUAUGUGAUAAGUACUUAAGAGGUAAAUCGUUGAUUGUUGCCUUUUACUUUCCUAUCUUUGUUUAGAGAUUCUAUUUCAAAGUACUUUAAGGCCAUUUAAUGUAAAACUGUUAUUAGUCUAUGGAUAUCAUUUAUUAUGUAAAACCGCCGACACAGAUGGGGUACAUACUUGUAUAGUUUAACUAACUUGUUACAAAUAACUACAAACUUGACAUUGGCUAAUCUUUGUAAAGCCAGAUGAGAGAGAAAAAAAAAACCUUUUUUAAUAAGUGCAAUAAAAUAACAUUAGAUGGCCCAUAAACUUAUUUUUAGGUUACCUACUCCUUUGAUCCUAAGUUUAUGAGAUUGUCAAGCAUAAUAUUAAUUUUUAUAUCGAUUUACAUUGUAUGACUAGGCAUUUAAUUUCUAAGUUAAAAAUAAUUUCAUUCACAAAUGAUAAAAUAAAAUACCAUUAUAUUAAGAUCUCGUAAUGUGUAAUCAUAUUUUUGUAUGCAUAUUGAGUAUCCAUAUUGUAGGUGGUGGUUGUAAUACAUUCCAUUACACAUGUAGAAUGAGAUUGCACAGUAUUAGUUUAUAUUGAUUACUAUUAUUGGGAUUUACGAGAUUUUGUGAAAAUAUAUACUUAAUGAAUAAAAUAUACUGUUAUUUACUAUGUUA